UCAUACAUUCAUUUGUCAUUGGCAGAUCCAAGAAGUUUCCAGAGUUAAUGUGAAUUGGUUUGUUAUUAAUAAAUUGUUGAUAACAGUUUUAUUUAAUAGUUUACUUUCAUUUAUAUCAUCUCCAUCAAGACAUUUACAUCAGCAUUCACUCCUGACUCAAUUAAAUGUUUGCAUGAGGUUAAAUCCUGUUGUUAUUGAGCAAGGAAAUCAUUAGCAUGGCUAAAGCUGAUGAUGAAUACAAACCCAAAGAAUCUGGCGUUAGAAAAGAGAAAGAGAAAGAAGGUUCCGUUAAGCAACCGUUAAGAACUUUGCCUAUGAGGCAAGCUAAGAUAAAUACUGUGAUAGUAUCUGAAGAGAAAGCAGUUGAAUCAGGCCGGACUUUGAGGUCAUGCAAAGCACCAACUACCAAAUCAACCACCAAAGAGCCAUCCACCAAAAAAGCUACCAAAGCAACUUCACCUGAUAAAGGAAUUAAGAAGAUAGUCAUUGUCGCGUCCUCAUCUAAUCCACCUGAAACUACUCAAACAGUAAUUAGAAGACCUUCAAUCCGUACAGCUCGUCGUAAUAUUAAAGUUAAAAAUAUUAGAGCUCGUUCAAGCAAAUGUCAACUCUUCUUCUGUGACAAAUGUGAUAAAGUCUAUGACCACUAUAGUGAGUUAGUUUAUCAUCAACGUCGACAUACUGGCGAAAAACCAUUUGCAUGCACCUGGCCUGGAUGUACUGCUGCCUUUUCCGCAUCCAAUGCUCGAGUUCGUCAUUUGCGAAUCCACACUGGUGAAAAACCUUACGUUUGUCCUUAUUCUGAAUGUGGAAGAAGAUUCACAUAUUGGAAGGACCUUAAGCUGCACAAAUUUCGCCAUUCUGGAGAAAAGCCUCAUAAAUGUGAUUGGCCUGCUUGUUCUUCAAGGUUUUUCCGCCGAGAUGAUCUCAAACAUCACAGAUACACACAUACAGGGGAGAAGCCUUACAAAUGUACAGUUCCUGGAUGCGAGUCCGCUUUCACUCAAAAAUCUCCAUUAAAUUUGCAUAUGAGAAAGAUUCAUAAAAUACUUCCUGGAAACAAAGCUCCAGAGAAAGCUCAAGUUCAAGCCACAAAUUUCAACAAUGUCAUUAUUAAUGGCGGUAACAAUAAUAAUAAUGAAGUAAAUAAUAAUAUCAACAACAACAACGUCCCUACUAUAUGCGAAUAUCCCAUUUAUCAGCCUGCUCCUACUAUAAUACGCCAGCCAGUUAUAAAUAGCAUGAAUCCAAUCACCAGUUCAAAUAAUAUUAGCAACAAUUUGGAGUUUGCUAAUGCUAAUCAUUCAAAUGCAAAUGUGCAAUGCAUAAAUGUCACCGACAAAUUGAGUUCCAUACUGGUCACCUGUGAUGUUUCACCAGCAACAGUUCAUGGAGUCAAUCAUCAGUUCAACCAUGAUGUAAAUGGUUGGUCUGACUAUGCCUAUGCCCCCGAAACAGUAGAUUUGAACCAAAACAUUCAAGCUACUUCUAAUUCCAUCAUUGACUCUACAAAAACAACUUUAAUGAAAGAGCCUAGUGUUCAAGUUAAGCCAGUUGAGAAUAAUAUUAAUCAUAUGCCUGAUCUUAAUGUCCUAUUGGCUGAUGCAUGUCAAGCAAAUCAAUUAAACGAAAGUAAUCUGCCUGUUAACAAUAAUAAUUUGUCCUCAAACAAAUUUGACCCUAUCAAUCAAGUAGAAACUAUCAAGCUUAUUGAUACUCAAGUUAGUUGUGCAUCGGUCAACACUGUUGAUAAUAGUGCAUCAACCCAAACAAAUUUUGGUCCAGAAAAAGAAACGAGUGUGGCUCUUGAAUCUAUAAGUACGUCUACUGAGAAAGCAAAUGUGCCAGACAAAAGUAUAAAUGAUGAAAGUGAAAAGACAAAUGUUGAAGAUGGACCUACUGAUGCCAAUGCAUCGACAUCCAUUAGACCGACUCGAAAACGUGCUAAUUAUCGUAUAAAAGCUUCUUCGACAACAACAAAGACUUGUGAAGUGGCAGUUAUUCGACCUAAACCGGUUAUUGAAUCUAAGUCAAAAACUAAAGUGACCAAACAAGUUGGUUCUAAACGAACUAUUGCCAUUCAAACUUCUAAAAGACAAUCAGUCGAUAAAACCAAGAAAGAUAAAUUCAAGUGUAACUAUUGUGAACGAGAGUUUAAAGCCAAGCAUGAUCGUGAUUGUCACCAUAUGACACACACUGGCGAAAAACCUCGAGCAUGUGAUUGGCCUGGUUGCGAUUAUAGAUGCAUUACUAAAAGUAAAUUAACUCGACAUCAACGCAAGCACACAGGUGAACGUAAUUAUCCUUGUGAUUGGCCUGGUUGUGGUAAAAAGUUUUCAACAAGUCGUCAUAUGAAAGAGCACAAACGAAUACACACCGGAGAAAAACCGUUCAAAUGUGACUGGCCUGGCUGUGACAAAUGGUUCAGCCGGAAAGAUCAUAUAAAAAACCACAGGUUCACUCAUACUGGGGAAAAACCAAGAAAAUGUCCCUUCCUCGGAUGUGAGGCCGCUUUCAUUCAACUUUCACCGCUCAAGAAGCACAUGGAAUUGCACAAGAGAGAUGGUGGAGCUGUUCCUAAUCGAACUCGUAAGCGAAAGACAAGCCCGAACCAGGCGGUAGUUAAUGAAGAGCCAAAAAAGCCUGUCAAUGAGUGUAAUAGUGCUACAGUACAAAUUAAUGCAAUGACUCUUGAGAUGGUUACUAGUCGUCCGAUCGCUCAAAAUGAUCAAACUGCUCAAGGUUAUAACAUGAACAUGUUAACUGGACAAGAGAAUCAAAAUUUGUGUCUCCCUGCUUAUGAUGAUGGCCAUAACAAUACUCAAGCUAAUAUUGAGUAUGAAGUCAUGUUCAGGCAUCCAAGUUAUUGUUGAGCACUCAAUUAUUCCUAUAAAUCAUUCCGCUGACAUGUAUUCAUCAGCAAAUCUCAUAUCAGCCCUAAAAUAAUUUCAAUAAUAAUUAUUAAUAAUAAUAUAAUAUAACUAUAA